CGUUUUUUGAGUCAACACCGUGUAAUAUACGCCAUUAAGUUUUGAAUGCUUUGGCGGUCGAUGCUUUCUUUGUUCUUUCAUUAACAAACAGAAAAUACAUCCAGAGUUUAAUUUAAUUUGUUAUUUUACCAAUUAUAGAAAUGUUUGUUUUAAUGAUACGAUAAUUGGAAAUCGCUAAUCGAUCAAACAACAGCAAUGGAAGGUUCGGUUUCCACGCAUCGGCAUCAAGCCACUCCGUUCCACGAAUAUUUAUUGCAAGGAAGCGUCGUCGACAGUUCUUGUGAAGUUCUUCUCAACCGACUACGGGGUCUUUGUGAUAAUGCUGAAAACAACUACGAGACAUUCCAUGAUCAUGAACUUGUGUUUGCUAUGAGAGGAACCAGCAACCAGAAUAGCCAGGCUGUUUUCUACAGAGUACGUCAUAGUCUGACAGCUGCAAAUGCACCAUGGCAUUUACGCUACAUUGGCCAGGCUGAAGUCGGGGACAAAACCCGUCACACACUGGUGAGGACCUAUGUUGAUGUCGGGACCUCAGAUAAUGUUGUCGCUUUUCUUAAUGAAAUGGGUUUCAGGCUGGAUUAUGAAUAUGUCAUAAAAGGAUAUUUCUUUCACAAAGGAAGAAUGAAAGUUACCGUUUCCAAAAUUUUCAGAAUGCUGCAACCAAAUAAUGUAGAAAGUAUUGAACCUCUUUCACUCUCCUACCUUGUGGAACUCUCAGUUGUGGCUCCAGCUGGACAGGAAUUACUCCAAGAUGACAUGAAGAAUUUUGCUGAACAACUUAAACCAUUAGUCCAAUUAGAGAAAAUUGAUCACCGACGAAUAACAAUGAUGUGAACCAGAUGCAGUACUUAGCAGAGUGAUUAAUUACCAAAAUCUUUUUACCAGUUUCACUAUGAUGUUGAUCAUAACUGGAUUACAAAGACAAUUGCCAGACGCUUCCAGAAGUUCAUAUUCCAGACUAACGAUGUUAAUGAAUCCUUACUUUGGUAUUUUAUCAGAAUUUGUUUCUUUUUAAUCAAAAUUCAAUCCAAAACUAUGAAGUUGAAAAAUGUAUUACAAUUAACACAUUUUAUCUGAAUUAUUAAAAAGAAAUGUUCUUUACAGUUAUUCUCUUCUGAUAAUACCUUAUUGAGGUGCAGAUAUAUCUUCCACCUGAUUAAUAUAUGAAACCUGUUAUAGUUCUGUGAGCUCACUUUACUCAGAAAAUAAAAGUACAAAAGUAACUCUA